UCUCGUAAGGUGUUAUGUAACCGUCGCACUCACAACACAAUGUCUCGAUUGUCAUAUACCUUCAGAGGUCUUAUUGCUCCUGUAUUAACUCCUUUUAGUACUAAUGGGUCACUUAAUUUGGAUAUCAUAUCAAAAUAUGCGACGCAUUUAGCAAAGAAAGGAAUCAAAGGUAUACUUGUUAAUGGAACAAAUGGUGAAGGAAUGGCAAUGUCCGUUGCCGAAAGGAAACUUGUUACCGAAACUUGGGUAAAGGCAGUGGAAGAAACAAAACAACACCUGAUGGUUCAAGUAGGAGGUGCACCUCUUCCCGAUGUUAUCGAACUUGCGAAACAUGCAAGCAGUCUGCCCGUAAAUUCUAUACUCUGCUUACCUGAACUGUACUUCAAGCCUAUCACCCCUAAACAAUUAAUUGAAUACUUGGAAAUAGUUGGCGAGGCGGCACCAAAGACACCGUUAUUAUAUUAUCAUUUUCCUGUAAUGACUAAUGUUAACAUACACAUGGGACGAUUCCUUGAAUCAAUUGGUGACAAAAUACCUUCGUUUGUGGGUAUAAAAUUCACUAGCGCCAACUUAGAGGAAGGAGCGCAAGCGUUACGUGCCGAUAAUAGAAAAUUUAGUAUUUUCCUUGGCAAUAAUCAGUUAGUGCACGCUGCGUAUGCAUUGGGAAUGGAUUCUUUUAUAUUAAACAGCUUAAAUAUGUUUCCCGAACUUGUAUUGGAUCUUCUUACUGUUUGCAAGAAUGGAGAUAUGAUAAAAGCCAAAGAUAUGCAAGAGAAGCUUUCAAGCGCUGUAAUCGCUAUGAUGAAACAUGAUAAUCGAGUACAGGCUACAAAAAUAGCAAUGGCUCUUCUUACUGACAUUGAUACAGGGCUAUCUCGUGCACCACCUAAAUCUAUUUCUUCUGAGACUAUAGCAACUGUGAUAAAAGAUUUAACGAACUUAGGAUAUCAGCCAAAUAUUAAACAUUAUUGA